AUGCCCAGUACCCUAGCUUUUCGACGUCGGAGCCUCCCUUCUCAACUCCCUCGCCAUAGCAACCUUGUGGGGACCUCCGACCGCCAUCAACCCUCUCGCCGUCAUCGUCCUCGCCGCUAUAAUCAUACUCAUUGCCAGCGGCCUCAUGAGAAACUCAGCUGCGGACGACCGAAACCCAUCCACGGCGAAGUGGGUCGACUACUCCCGUAUUAUUUGAUUCUCCGACCUCGACUAUGGCAACCCAGGGGAGAAUAUGAGUAUUGUGGCAUUUGGGUUCCUGGUUAUGAGCCUGAUGGAUUCCUAGCGUUUGGGUCCUCUUUCAAUCGAAUUCCAACAGAGCAAGUGAGCAACAACAGGAUAAUUUGA